CGUGCGGUCGUGCAGUCAGUAGGGGAGAGGGACUUGUUUUACUUUUAAAUUAAGCAUGAUUUCUUUUCCUUUUAUUUGAAAAAAAUUAUCGAAACAACCGCAGACACUAUGAAUUCAGGUGCCAGCUUUAAGUUGGUUCCAAUGCCAAGUUCAGCAACACCUCUGUGUUUUGAUAAGGAGGAGUUUAUGAAGGAUAGCUUUGAUGUGGAUGCCUUUGUUGCUGAUUGCAGACGUCGUGUCCAGCUGGAGACGCUAAGAGAAGACUUGCAUAUCUACUUCAAGUCUCUGAAGAAUGCCAUGGUAGAGCUCAUUAACAAGGACUAUGCAGACUUUGUCAACUUGUCUUCUAAUCUGGUUGGGAUGGAUAAAGUGAUCAGCAAUCUUUCCAUUCCUCUCGGUCAAUUCAAAGAAGAAGUCCUGAGCGUCAAAAUGGCCAUGGAUGACGCCAUUCAUGCAGUCGAAGAGAAGAUGGUAGCACGUGCAAGAAUACGAGAGAAAAAGGCUACUCUACAGAGGUUGAUCAACAUCACUAAGUCCGUUGAGAAGAUGGAGAGCAUCUUAAAGAUCGCUGGGUCAGCAGGAACAGAUGAUGAGGAGGAAGGGGAUGAGGAAAGCAUAGAGUUGUCGGGGCAGCAGAUUGAGAGAGUGGCGUCUGAAUUCAACCAACUUCAAUAUUAUGUAACGCAGAGUAAAGGGCUCCCUCUUGUUGAGAAGAUCAGACCAAGGAUAGCGGCCAUUACUGUGACAUUACAACACAGCCUUGAGAAAUCAUUCCAGGAGGGCUUAGAGACUGGUCAGACGGACAUCUUGAAGCAGUGUCUCAGGACCUAUGCUACUAUUGAUAAGAUGAGAGAUGUGGAGGCGCUGUUUAGGAAGAUUGCUGUUAAGCCAUAUAUGGAGGAGGUGAUUCAAGAAAAAUGUCUUCAGCAUCAUCCUCAGGGACUCAAGGGCCUCUACGCCAGAGUCUUGGAUUUUAUUCCCAAGCAUUGUCGGUUGAUUAGAGAGGUUACGUCCCCAACUCCAGGUUCAUCCAGUCAAGAUGUCGUUCGAGGAUAUGACUUCCUGGUCAACGCAGUCUGGCCGGAGAUUGCAAAUAGUCUAGAAACAAGAAUCACAUCUAUCUUUGCAGCUGGUAAUCCAGUUACCUUCCAUGAAAAAUAUGUGUCAACGAUGCAGUUUGUGGAGCGCUUUGAGCUUCAGUGUGGAUCUCAGGCCAGUGUAAAGAGACUGCGUGCCCAUCCCAGCUUCAAUACAUUCAUGACCAAAUGGAGUCUUCCUGUUUACUUCCAACUCAGGUUUCAAGAUAUUGCUGGUUUGCUGGAAACUGCAUUGAUUACUCCAUUCAACAUAGAAGAAGAAGAUAACUCCGGACUGAGGCUAAAUGCUCUCCACACCCUAUGGCAGUGCAUCCAGCGUUGCUGGCAGCAAGAUGUCUAUUUAGCUCCACUUUGCCACCGGUUCUGGAAGCUGACGUUACAGCUACUUUCUCGUGGAGCUGUGUGGAUUGAUGAUGUUUAUAUUAAAGAGAUUGCUUCCGAUAAGAAUGAGCCUGAUCCGUCAACGUCAGAGACAACCAAGACGGGAGCAACGGCAGCAACAGCAGCCGAAUCAAGCUCAACACCUACUGACACCACCAAGACCACUACAUCAGCUGCAGGUGCACCUGCCACUAGUCCACCCCCAGUCACAUCGGAUCAGAUUAUAAGAUUAGUCGCUGAUGUGGAUCAUUUAUGUAGCAAGUUGCCUGAUCUAUUCGAUGGUGUCAUAACACCAAGACUCGUUGCAAUCAACUGCAAGUGUGUUGACGUCCUCUCUGUUGCAUUUCAAGAAUCCACUGAGGAUUUGUCCAAAAGGCAAGAAGCAUUUGGGGAGUUCAUCACCCGAGGCGUCUGCAGCCAGUGCUCUGUACAUCUGAAAUCAGCCAAUGACAUUCCUCGGCUCUACAGAAGGACCAAUAAGGAGCUCCCCAACAAACCAUCAGCUUAUGUUAGUAACACGCUGAAACCGCUGCAGCUAUUUGUUGAAGACCACAGAGGAACUCUGACCGAGGAGAGAAGACGUCAUUGGCUCAUUAGUAUCCUUACAAACAUCUGCAAGGGUUACCUGAUCAUCAGCACAGAACUCCUCUCCUCCGUUAAGAAGAUGGAGGACAGCCUGAAAAGACUCAAGGCGCUGCGUAAGACGGACGCAGCAGCGGCUAACACCCAGCAGGGCACCAGUGAUGAUGAUAAGAUUCGACUCCAGCUUGCUCUGGAUGUGCGCUUCUUUGGUGAACAGAUCCAGUCGAUGGGAGUAUCUAGCGAAAAUAUUCAACCAUAUCAAGAACUCCUUGAGCUUGUCUCCUCGUCUGUCAAUCAAAUUCUAUCAUGAAAUUGAAGUGAUCGAGGAGAUUCACCAGAAGCAGGGUUUCCGCAGCCAGGAAAUCUGGAACACGGAACUCUCAUAAGAGACAUUUGUGGCUGUUUUUUAAGGCAGCAUGACUUUUGGUUAUGGACUUUGAUCAACUACAUCAAAGCAACUUAACUUGCUUUCAACAGACAUUUUGGUGAACUUAUAAACUCUUCAGGAUCCCUAUUACGUAUGUGAAUUUUCAAUAGUUGGAAGCAAUAAUGUUUUUCAUAUUAAUAUUGCCUUAAAAGGCAUGUUUGUUAUUUAAUGGGGUGUCGUGGUUGAGUGUACUUGGACUCAAACUCUAGAGUUAUCAGAAUGUUGGUUUGGGCUCUCUUUGUUGCUUCAUGGCCUUUAGCAAGAGACUUAAACCAUUAUAGUAGCGUAUCACAAUAUAGUGCGCCCUCUAUAGGCUACUCCGGAGAGGUCAACCUUCCCAAAUGGUCUUAAAAUUUCAAUUGGGGUUGAAACAAAAGAAAUUCUACUACAGCUGGAUUUGAACCAUUGACCUCCGGAUUAAUGUGCCGGUGCUCUACCAAAUGAGCUAUAUUUUGUCAAGAGGGAGCUUUCGAAAAGGGACGAUAGGAGCGAGGGGAUGGUAAAAAAUUUCUAAGCGUAUUCCCCAACUCAUUUAGAGAUAGUUAUUACAUGGUGUUACCGCAAACCCUUCUUUAUCUUAUUUCCACCAUGCAAAGUUUCAAAUCCUACUUAAGCGUAUUUUGUUUCCCAUGGAAGAUGAGGCCUCUUAGCAUCAAGUGGCGUGUUUGACCUACUUUCUCACGUGGUGCAGUUCCAACAAAGACGAAACGAACAUGUUAACGCAUAGAGCUGGCAUGGAGACACAGUACAUGUACUUGUAUGCAAUACAAGUAGAGGGUACUCUAGACACGCUUGGUUGGUUGCGACCAUGUGAGAAAGAAGGUAAAACACUUUUAUGCUAAGUGGCCUCAUCUUUCCUGCGGAAAAAAAUAUGCGAUAAGGGAUUACUGAUUAUAAUAGAGAUCAGUGUAAGGGAGCGAAAAAAUUGAUCGGCGCAUGCGCCAACCUGAACUAGUCUCCAGCCUACAGAGUUUGAAAACAAUUUCGGGUUGAAACAACAUCCAGUCUGUAAGCACCAGUGGUGUCAUUUGUACACAGUGUUAUGGUUGUUAAGCACUGCACUGAACCAUGUUAGACUUGAUUGUCACCGUCCGGUCCACAACAUACAGGACGGGAGCGCUCGAGCGUGAGCAUCCAGACCACAGCAUUAUGCUACCUUCCGACUGUGUGUCUACCGUCUCGAAAUCCAAAGCUCCCUAAUAUCUUUGUUGAGGGUGCCAGUCAGAAGCUAUACAACCAUUAAUGCUGCCGUGUAGCAGGGGAUCACACCCAAGUGAUACAACCUGGGUUGAACAUCGGUUCAAAUCUCGCUCUAGUAAAGUUUUCUUCAUACAACCCUAACAAAAAAUUCACAUUUACCCAGUCAGUUUUCCCUUGUGGUUUAGGCAUAUAACUUAAUUUAGGAAUACUGAAAAAUCAGCAGUGAGCGUGGUGUAAUUUUGUCAAAGAGUUGGGAACAAUAUGAUACUGUGAAACUGCAGAGGUUGUGAAUAUUAAUGUCAGUACAGCAUGUCUGUGUGUACUGUGUAGAUGAUUUGACCACGUUUAUUGCAUUAGCUCCUCAAGGUUCAAAAAACACAAAGCGUUUUGAUAAAAAAGUGUUUCCAGCUUUGAAGUUUCUGGCAAGUUUUUGACAAGACACAGAUCCAAGACAAAGAAAACCACAAAGUGAGUUUAAAAAUUUCGUUUAGUUUAUUCAUUUUUGCAAUUAUGAUCUGACAAUAAUGUAAUUUUUUUAUAAUUUAGAAUGAAAUGAAAAUAAUGAGGAGCAAAAUAAAUGACUAGCAUUAUAUUAAGAAAUAUAUAUUUUUUUUUUUUUUUUCAGGGGGUUUGACUCUUUUUGAUUUAAAAACGACAUUUAGUUUUCAUACUAAUGUGCAUACUAAUGUGCUUAGUUUUUAAUUUGAUGACUCAAAAGGAACUUUAGUAUUUUAAAUACUGUUAUGAUAUUUAAAGGCAGCGAACACUCCUGGUAGUUACUCAUUAUAAUUAUUAGCAUAAAACCUUAUUUGGUAUCGAGUAAUGGGGAGCUGUUGAUAGUAUAAAACACUGUGAGA